AUGAAUUUCUUUUAGCUUUUAAUAUUUUUCAAUUUUUUAAUUGAAUUCCUACUUUGCUACGAUUCUCGCCUUUACGAUAACUCUCUCCCUGUGUUUGAACCUUUUCCAAAAGCUGUGAUUGAUCCAACUAUUCCCUGUAAGAAUGGCUCAUCUGAUAUAAUGACUAUUUUUAGUAACAGCUAAAGAAACUUGCUUGCUGUCAACUUGUAGAAAUGCGGUUUUGGAAUUUAUGAUGUGACAAAUGUUUAAGAAGGCAUUUAACUUUUAAAUCUCUACCCUUACUCCCUAAAAAAAGGAUAAGUUCUCUCACUUAGUAUAACAGACUCAAAUAAAUAUCUUUGGGUUAGCUAUAAUUCUGGGUUUCUUGAUAUCUUAGAUUUAUCUUAAUCUCAAUUUCCAUUAUUUUAAACACAAAAUAUUACAUUUAAAGAUGAAUAAGACUAUGUUAUUUAAGUAAUUUAAUUUUAACAAUUUAAUUUAACUUUCUUAGCAUGCAUCAAUAACUUCAAGCUGAUUACAUUGACAAAUAGCAAUAUUAGUGUUAUCUAAACAGUUGAAAUAGACGAUUUUAACAUAUUUGAUAUUUAAUUUGCAUUUUAGAAUUCAAUACUUUGUGUUUAAAGUUAUAGCUUAAUAAACUUCUACUAACAAAGUAUUGAAGAUUUAUAGAAAGGUAAGUUAAAUAAUAUUUGCUCAUACUCACCAGGUCAAGGUUCUACUAUUAGUUCUUUUAAGGUAAUUCAAGAAAGCAUACUUGUAAUCUAAAUAUAAUAUAUCUAAUACAUGAUGGUAGAUAUUUAAGAUUAUAUUAAAUCUUAUAAUGGAGUUACAUGUGAUCCAAGUAAAAUAGCUCUACUAGAUACCUAUCCUUCUAGUCCAUUAGGAAAUAAAUUUGUUCUUUCACUUGAUUAGAAUUUCUUGUAUACUUAAUUGAGUUCGAUAGGAGUUGUAGUAUUUGAUAUCAGAUAAAAAAUGUUAGAGCCCUUUUAAGUGAUUUAGACUGGCGGAACUUGUGCAGAUUUAAAGCUAAGUGAUGAUGGAAAUUACAUAUUUUAUUCGAACUGGUUCAAUGUUCAAAUUUUUUAAAAAACUACUCCAAACUUAAAUUUAGAUGUGCCUAACCUCCUACUCAAUAACUAUUAGCUUGUCAGUAAUUCAUUCUUUAAGCCUCCUGGUGGUAGUUUUGAUAACUAAAUGUAUUUUUAGACACCUGAAAAUAUUUUAUAUGUUUCAAGGUACAGUUAUGGAAGCACAUUUUUCGAAUAUAAAGGUAAUGGAAUUCUAUAAUUAGAAUCAUAGUUAAACAGUAAUGAUCCAAACAUUUCUGUUUCCUUUUAAACUAGAGUUCCAAAUACUACUAUAUUCUAUCAAAGCUUAGAAUCGCAAGGUUUCUAAAUAGUUGAUUGCUAAGAUAUAAAUGCGCCAAAGAUAGUAAAGACAGGCAUUACUCUUGGCUAAUCUAAUUACAGGUUUGAGCAAAUAGCUUUCAAUUAAAAAGGAAAUUUAGGUUUUGUUGCUAAUGUAAUAAAUGUAAUUAUUAUCGACACAAGUGACCCUUUGAAUCCUAAAGUUAUUUCUGUAAUAGAUACUUAAGUCUACUUAGAAGGUGAUUCAAGCCUUUACACUCUUGCGGUAUCUAAUGAUGAAAAAACUUUAUUGUUAAAUCCUGAAUCCUAUGGUAUUGCUUUUGCAGACAUCUAAGACCCAUCUAAUCCUUAUUUGUUUUUCAAGCUAAAUCUUGGAAUUACAUAUUCAUUUACAAUGUCUUCAGAUGGAAAAUAUAUUAUUUUGUGUGUUAGUUUUAAAGGUGUCUUUAUUUAUAGCUUUAAUUCUGAUAGAAGUGUCACAUUUGUUUCAAACUUUUCAACUAGAGGUGUUGCUGGAUAGGCAAUACUUAUAAAUAACGAUAACUACCUAAUAAUUUCAACUGAAGAGAUAGAUUCAUUAAUUUUAGUGAGUAUAGUUGAUAAAUCUAAUCCAGUAAUAUUGCAAAUUCUUUCCCUUCCUGAUAAUGAUCCUACUUGUUGGAUGGUUGCUGCUCCUGAUUACUCAUAUAUAUUUGCUUUAUCAUAGCUCGCAAUAUACUAAUGCUUUCUCUAAAGUCCAAUAAUUUUCCACUCCUCUAUUUAUAAACUGCAAUAAAUUUCAAAUUCAAAUUUAUACUAAAAAGAAUUAAUACCAAGUAAUAGAUCUUUUUAAGUAGGAGAUUAUAUUUAGAUUUAUUUAGUUAAUAUUUACUAAUCUAAAAGUAUUUAAAUUAGGAAAGCUUAAUAUUAUUUUAACAAUGCUUUACUUGAAUUACCAAGUUGGAUAUAGUUUUCUUCAUAAAAUUAAGUUUUAAGUAUAUAAACAUCGAAUGAAUCUUUGGUGGCAGACAGCGAUGGAAUGUAUUAAAGCAAAUCUCUUCAACAGGUAGUGUUUUUAUGCUACUAACAGUUAGACGAUUUCGCCUUUGCUAACUAAUUACUUAACAUAAGUGAACAAGAUUCUGUGAACAUUAAAUAAAUAUGCAUUAACGUUGGAUAUUUAGAUUCAGCCGGCUUUGUAUCUGCUUAAUAUUCCCCUUAAAAUGCAUUUUAAUUCUUAGAUAGUAAUUCUCUUAAUGUGCUUUAGAAGUGGAAUUAAACGCCAGGUUAAUUAAGUUAGGUUUUAAGUUUUAUACAAAUAACUUUAAAUCAAAAUAUAAUUAACUAUACAAUUUAAUUUUAUACACAAACUUCCCUCAUAGUAGAUUUAUCUAAUUCUGUGAGCCCAAUAUCUUCAAAUCAGAAUUCUAUAAUUGUAACAAUAAACACAUCAUAAGGAAUGUUUGUUAAUAAACUUUAUUCAGGAAUACUUGUUCUCAUUAAUUCUGAAUAAAAUACUAUACAGCUUCAAGGCUCUGUGAUUAAUAUUAACCAAGCUUUGCAACAAACAAUAAAAUUAUCUUUAAACAAUACACAAAAUGUAAACUAAACUGAGAUUUAAAUAAUUGUGAAUGAUCAAAUUAACUACAAUUAUGUUUAAACUCUUUCAUUACAAAAAUCUAAAUUUAUUUCUUUACAAUCUUAAGUUUUACUUAAAAACAGUCUAUAAAAUGAUUUUAAUAAUUAGUUUCCAAAAGGCUAAAUAGCAGUUUAAACUCCAUUAAGCUAUAGAAUUAGUGAUCAAGUUUUCUAAUGUCUAGACUCUCCUCAACUAACCUACACUGCAAAGAUAAAAAAUGGUGAUGGAUAAUAUUAAAAUAUUCCAACAGGCUACUGGCUCUCUUUCUAAUAAAAUGAAAGAACUCUUGUAGGAACUCCCUCAACAAACUUAUUUUAUUAGAGUGAGACUAUUUUAAUAGAAGCAACAGAUGGAUAUACUGUUGCAUAAGAUGAAUUUACAAUGAAUAUUACUAUUAUCCCGUUUUAUUUGGUGAUUUAAAUUAUUAUUUAAAUCCUUGGACCUGUGCUAGGAAUUUUAGGAAUUUGGAAAUAUAGAACAAUAUUUUACAACCUAGUAUUUAGAUACUUCUUGACAUAUACAAAGGAAGUAGCAUAUUAGUAAGAAAAUUAUGAAAAAAAGAUAUUUAUAAGUGGAAACACUUUAAAUACUGCAAUUCAAUUAUGGAAAGAAAUUUAAAAUCAGAUAAAACCAAAGUAGAUUUAGUAAUAAAUAAAUUAUCUCUUCAACAAAUAAAAUUCAUCAAUAUUCCAAAUCAAUAAAUUUAACGAACAAAUUAAUUUGAAGGCAGAGACUUCUUUAUAAGAAGAGAUGCAAAAAUCAUUUUAUCCAUAAGGCGUUCUAUCAGAUGAUGAUGAGGUUUAUGAAUAAAAUUUAUCCCCAUAAAAUAAUCAAAAUUUAACUAAAUUAGGAGAUUUACAGCUCUCUGUAUUUUCUUAAGAAAAUAACAUAAAACAACAUCAAACUUCUCAAAAAAAUGUCAGCCAGAAUAAAUCACCAAGAAAUUUAUAGUAAUCUAGAUUAAGGGCUCAAUCUAUACAAAAUAAAAAUUUUCAGGAGAAACUUGCUUAAAAUUUAUGCAAAGAUUUAAAUAGUAAAAGCAUGCAAAAGAGUUACUUAAAUGCAAAUAACAAAUCGUUAACUGAGAAUUUGUAACUUUUUGAAAACUCUGGAUAAAUAAAUUUUAAAUAUAUUAAAGAAUUAAUAAUUUUGCAAUAGCAAACUGUCAACCCUUCAAGAAAAAUACUAACAAAUUAAUUGUAAAAAGAACUAGAAAAUCAUAAUUCUUUGCUUUCUACUAUGAUUAAAGGACUUGCAACUGAAUAUUAUGUUGAAAAUUACCCAAUUGUAAAGAGAAUUAUUACCUUACUUUAAGAAAAGGCCCUUCUCUUAUACAAAUAAAUAGAUUGGUACAGAGCAUAUGUAGGUUUUAAAUAGGUCUAGUAAGAUUAAGAGGAUUACUAAGCUUAAUAUCAAUUAAAGUAUGAAUGCAUAAAGCUCGCAUUUAAAGAGAUAACAGAAGACAUGAAAAAAAAGACUAAUGCAUAAAACAAUAGAAAGAAUAAUCAAGAGCAAUUAAAUAAUGAAUUAAGUAUAUAAGAUUUAUCUAUUUAUCUACCUCUUAUUGAAUAGCAUUUAUUUGCUAUCGCACUUGGGAUUACAAUUAAGAAAAGAUAAUUCUUUUAAGUCUCAUAUGGCGAUUCCUUUCACUGCAACUCUUAUCUAAUACGUGCUAUAAAAUUCUAUGAAAAAGGUACUUUAUGCCGUUGCUGUGUAAAGGCAUAAGAACUUCUUGGAAUAGAUUAAGUUGAGAAAGGACUAUCUGAAAACGAAAGACUACCUGAAUGGAUGUAAAUUAAUUUUUAGAAAUCAUAUAUUUAAAUUAAAGGCAAGCCAGACUAAAAAAGUGUGGGAUAGUAUAGGAUUAAAAUAUAUGACUUAAAUGGCUAUCUUUUAAGAUAAUUUGAUAUUUAGAUUCUCCCAAAUCCCAAUCAGCAAUUUUCAAAUAAGCUUAUAACAGAAACACUAUAAAUUGACACUUAGCAAAUUAUAGAUACACCAAAACAUUAAAAAUUUAGUUAAUUCAAUAAAAGUAACUUCCUAUUGGGUUUCCUAUCAACCUAUAAAUCUAAAAGUGAUGAAGUGUUAGAAGAAGAAGAUAGUAUUAAGAAAAGCCAAAUAAAAAGUAUUUUCAAUAAAUCAAAUAGUAAAAAUAUUGAUGAGUAAAACUUUUUUACAACUAAAUGA